AUGGAGAAGGAAAAUCCGUUGAGGAUGAUGCUCAUGGUGUGCACAAUAUCAUUUGGUCUGGAGAUGUGCAUCGCUGUGGGAAACGUCUACGUACCGCCUCUAUUGAUGCAGAGAGGCAUGGAGAAACAGCACAUGACCAUGGUGUUCGUUUCUCAUUGUCCAGCAAUGUAUUUCAUAACCAAUCUAAUCAAAAAUGCGAGCGAUUCGUGGCAGGGUCAUUUUGGUCGUCGCUGGCCGUUUAUCUGGGUGUUCAGCCUGGGAAUCAUAAUAGGGCUGGAGCUCAUGCCAGGAGCCGCGCACCUGUCCUCAAAACCCUGGCUGAUAUCCGCUCUGCAGGCUGGAGCUGUGUGUCUGACAGACUUCUGUGCACUGCUGUUACCGUUCAUGGUGUUCACGGGUGUGCGUAUGGCCAGUCCGGCUCUCUUCCUGCAGUGCGUGGUGUCCGUGCUCUGCUCCGCCGUUAUGGACCGAUGGAUUUCUCUGCUGGGGGCCAGGCUGGUGUACAUCAGCAGUGUGGCUCUGAUGGUAUUGGCUACCGCUUUCAUAGGUGUAUCAGACAGUGUGAUGACAGUUACUGUCAUGGCGGCUGUAACAGGAUACACAGUCAGCGUCCUUCAGGUGGUGCCCUUCACACUGCUGGUCUCUAUCACUCAGAUAAACAGCUUUAAGUUAAUGCUGCGCAUGUUUCAUCAAGUGCUGCCGUCGCAGUGCCAGGGCUACAUCGUGCAGCUGGCUCGCACUGUGAGGGCUUACAUGGUCUCCGCCUGCUGCUUCAGCCUGCUGGCCUUUCUCUACUCCACCAAGAUGGUGUACAGCCAUGCUGACCUCCAACACUGA